AUGCCACUGUCUGGCUCUGCGGUGUCACCUCCGAUGAGCACUGCCCAAGGAACAGUCCUAGAGCAGGAGGAAUUUCGUUUGUCUCAUUCUCAGGAUGGAAUCAACGAGCCCCUUGAGGCAGCCAGUGCGCGAGGUACAAUCCGUAGGCGAGACAAGUCAAAUUCAGCGGCUUCCUUGAUCGCUUACGCACAAUUGGCGACGUAUCGGUUCAGCUGCAGCCAGUCGUUUGUGGUUCGUUUCGAGCGAGGACAGGCAAAUAUUAUUGCGGAAGCAUCACCUUCUCUCCUGUUAGAGGGAGAGGGCGGGGUUGGCGUUGAUGAGGGUCACCGGGAAGUAAAGGUGUUGAGCCUGCGCCUGGCUGAGCCUUGUGUCGUCGAUACUCCCAACGUUACUGCCAACAGCACUCAAUGUGUCAUUCGUGAUCUCACGCAGGACAAUCCUUCUGACAACCAGGAGAUCCAGUUCUUCGCAGCGGUCCCGAUUCAUGAUGCGAACAAAGAUACUACUGGCGCUGUUUGUGUGGUAGACAAGACGCCACAUCUGAAUUUUGGAGACAGGGAGGUCGCAAGCAUGCAGGAGAUUGCUGACCUGGUUGCUUGUAACAUCAAGGAUAGGUCGGCUGAAGAGCACCACCUUCAAGCAGAGCGGCUCAUCAAUGGUCUGACCGCUUUCGUCAGCGGUCAGGUCGUCCCUGACCUAGAGCAAAGCUAUCACUUCAAGAGACGGCCAUCAUACCUUCCUGGUAUCGAUGAUCUUUCGCUCUCUGAGAAAUGUAGCGUGGGCUCGCCACAAUACACGCAUCCUCAAACCCCGGGGACCCCGCCAAACCAGUUCUUCUCAAGAAUCCACGGAAGGAGGAACUCGGUGACUGUUAUCGAAGGAAGCACAGUAUCCCACUCAAUGUCGCUUUUGUUCUCCCGUGCUAGUGCUUUACUUCAGAAAUGUAUGGAGCUGGAUGGCGUCCUUUUUCUGGACGCCACUCGAAGUAACGCUCGAAGGUUGGUCUCGCCUGACACUGCUCGUCAUCAAUCUAACGUCUCUAGCUCCUGCUCUCCUAGCAUGAGUGACCUGGAAGUACUCUCCAAGGACGGCGAUUCCUGCAUCAACUCUCCGGGCCUAUCCUCAGCCGGCCCUUGGCGAGAGAGGGUAUGCGAGCCUUUGGGCUGGGCGUCAUCGGGAUCUGCAAAUCGCUGUACCUCGCAAUAUUCGAUCCCAGAAGGCUUGCUGCAUGACUUGUUUGCCGCGUACCCAAAAGGCACCAUCUUGAAUACCAGCACCCUCGUUGGCUGUACUAGUCAGAAAUGUGGUCAUGGCACGGACGCAAAGGGAUCGCGUCAUCACGCGAUCAUCCUUCGUCUGGUACAAGACCUUCCAGAGGCCAGGUCACUCCUUUUUCUCCCAAUGUGGAACUGGAAUACAUCGCGCUGGCUGGCUGGUGCCCUCUUGUGGACAUGUGACAGUCAACGACCUUUUGAACAAAGCGAUUUGUUCUAUGUCAAGGCAUACGGUGACGCAAUUGUAUCCGAAGCAGCUCAAAUGGACUGGCAGGCGACGGAGAAGUCCAAAUCAGAUUUAUUGUCAUCUGUCAGCCAUGAGCUAAGAUCACCACUCCAUGGCAUGCUUGCCAGUGUAGAGCUGUUGCACACCACAGAUCUUCAACCGGCUCAGCAGGAUAUGCUCACGAUGAUUGAAACCUGCGGCCUGACACUGAUGGAUACGUUGAAUUAUCUGCUGGAUUUUACGAAAAUCAACAAUCUGACCAGUGCGGACGCAAAGAAUGACGGGGAUACUGAAACCUCUCUAGCCGAUCUAGCAUGCGAAUUCGAUUUGGACACUCUGGUAGAGGAUGUGGCGGACACCCUGUAUGCAGGUCAUCGGUCCCUGAUUAAUGCUUCCCAAGUCGCCGGUCGGUACCUGCCUAGCGGGUCAACAGUGGGAAUUAGAUCUGCCAAGGGCACCGAGAGCGCCACGGAAUCGAACGACUUAUCAGUGAUUGUGCGGGUUGAGCCAGGAAACUGGAAAGUGCGAUCCAUUCCUGGCGGAUGGAGACGGAUUGUCAUGAACCUGCUGGGCAAUGCAUUCAAGUUCACCAAGUCUGGUUUCAUUGAGGUCACCCUCGCCAGGAAGAUUGAGAGAACUGGCGGCACGAAGAGGGUGUAUGCUUAUUUGACAAUCACAGAUACCGGAUGUGGCAUCUCUCCGGAGUACCUGGAGCACAAACUAUUUCAUCCAUUUGCCCAGGAGAACAUCCUGACGGAAGGGGUUGGCCUGGGGCUAAGUAUCGUCGACCGACUAGUCACAAAUGCGGGUGGCCAGAUUGACGUGAAGAGUACCGUCGGUACUGGAACUCAAUUCGAAGUGUACAUCCCAGUUGAAUUCGUCGAUACGCUGGAGGAAGGUGCUUCUGAGCAAGAGCAGCCACAGAGCGUGUCAGCCUCUCGAGUUAGUCUGGUCGGCCUGAACGUGUUUUCCAGUAUGAAGACGUCAAGCCGAAGGCUGAGUGUUGACACGAAGAGGAGGCUGUCAGUUCGCAGUGCACUGAGUAAUGCAAUCCUCAGCCAACCUGGCUGGACAGUCUCCUUUGCCGACACUUUGUCUCAAGCGAAGGGCGAUAUUGGUAUUGUCGAGGAGAGCAGUCUUGCUGAGAUGGCAGACCUAGAGCAAAUAACUACAAACCUGAAGGCACUGAUCAUACUAGGACAGUAUGGUAGUAGUCUAUCAGUCGAUCCUGUCACGAAAGAACUGGAUGUGGUCUACGUUCCUCAACCACUCACGCCUCGAAAAAUCAUCGGCGCCCUACAUACACUUUCCAGCUUGCCCGAAGCAUCGAAACAGAUCGGUAGUGCCGAUAGUACGCCACAUCGUCAGCGCAGCUUAUCGGAAGCUUUUGCCCUGGCCAAACAGACCGAGUCACCACCAGUGGUGGAGGAAUCCGUAGACGAGUUCCGUGCCUCGACACCCAAGGCCUCAACAACGAUCGAUCGUCAUGUCCUGAUUGUGGACGAUAAUGACAUCAACAUCAAAAUCUUGGCUACUUUUAUGCGCCGCAUCGGCUGCAGCUAUGAGACAGCGAACAACGGACUCGUGGCGCUGGAGAAGUACCAGCAGGCCCAGCGCCAGUUCAACUAUGUCCUGAUGGUUAUGGACGGGAUCAUCUCCACAAGCAAGAUUCGAGAGUACGAAGAGGAGAAUUCCCUCCCCCGGGCUGCCAUCAUGGCUGUGACAGGAGUCGCGUCGGCGACAAUGCAGCAACAGGCAUUUGCCGCGGGGAUCGAUGAUUAUCUUGUGAAACCUCUUUCACUGCGUGAUUUAAAACGAGUGAUGAAUAUUGCAUGA